AUACAAUCAGAAUGGAGUCUGAUAUUGGCCAGCCAGCAAAACCUGAAUCCUCGGACACUUUAGCUUACCUCCUCAUAUGAGGAAUCAUCGGCUUUAUAGUCAUGGGAUUCUUAGCAUUCAAAUCCGGGAAGCAAAACCCUUUAACAGAAUGUAUGGAUAGCUCUCAGAAACUCUUACAAGAAGAAGAACAAACGAAAACAAUUAAAAUGGACCACUCAACCUCUGCAAAGAGAAGAAAUAAAACUCAAAAGGAGUCGGCAACUUCAGACAUCUCUGCAGAUAAGCUAGACUUAGAUAAGUCUCUAAAUAAGCUCGCUAAAGAAGCUGAAAGUGAAGGAGACGAUUCUGAAGAGAAGGAAACAAGCAGGAUUAAAAAGUCAAAGAAAAGCAAAUCGAAAAUGUCCAAAGGAGAGGAGUCAAAGGAAGAUAAUGAGACUAAUUGCCUAUCAACUUCACUAAAAGAGAAAGCACCGGAAGAGAGCCAAGUUGAUGCAUCCAUUCUAGGCCAAAGUGAAAUUGAUGAUGGAUGGGAAAUAGUCAAAUCAAGAGUUAGGAAACCAAAGCAAGAUUAGGCCGGCACCUAAUAAUUUUGUUUCAAAAUUCUCAUUACCAAAUGGUGUCAUAAUUAUUACUUGGUUAAGGCUUUCAAAGAUUUAAAC